AUGUUUAAGCUUUAUCUUCAAGUAUUGACAGAGAAUGACUUACUGGACAAACCAGACCGUAUAUUUAAUAUCGAUGAAACUGGGGUUCAAUUAAACAAUACUCCUGGAAAAGUUAUCGUGACGAAAGGGACGAAAUCAGUUCAUUCGAUAACGUCUGGAGAAAAGGGAGAGACUAUGUCAAUAAUAGCUUGCUGCAAUGCCGCUGGAAACUUUCUCAGCCCUGUUGUUAUUAUUAAAGGAGUCAAUAAAAAGCCCGAAUUUCUAGAUGGUCUUCCUCAUGGUUCAGAUGUUUACAUGAACAAAAAAUCAGCCUAUGUUAAUGCGGAGUUAUUUCAGAAGUGGCUAGUACAGCAUUUCGUACCACGAAAGCCUCAAGGCAAGGUUAUUUUGCUUCUAGAUGGGCAUUCUUCUCAUACGAACUCUGUCGAAAUGUUGGAGACUGCCGAAGAAAAUGGUAUAAUACUUUUUUGUCUGCCAAGCCACAGCACGCAAGCUUUACAACCCUUAGAUCGUAGCUUUUUCAAGCCAUUUAAGACUUUUUUUGCAGCUGAGACGAAAAACUGGAUGCUUACAAACAAAGAAAAAAAAAUCAACCGUUUAAUAGCUGGCAAGCUAAUUGGUAAUGCAUGGAUUCGAGCGACUACGCCUUCUAAUGCUAUUUCGGGCUUUAGGGCUUGCGGUAUUUACCCUUAUAAUCCGGCUGCUAUACCAGAAAAUUUCUUUGCAAUCUCCGAUUUGUCGUCAAGCAACCAACUCCGUGAUGAGCCACAAGAUAUCUUACCUGAAAAUACGUUACAAUUACCUGGUCCCUCAUGUAGCAAACAGUUGUUGCCAGAAUCAAACUGCAAUGAGGUUUCGGCUUUGGCUGAAACUCAAACAUCUACACUAACAAAUGUUGAUCAAACACAUGAGAAUUGUGGAAGUCAUGAUACAGCUAGAGAAAAUUCUCCAUCUCUUAUUUCUCAAUUUGAUUGUCUGCAGCCAAAUGAAGAAGGCACAAAGGAGACACCUAGUAAGUUUUUGCAAGAAUGUUCCCCUGUACCGAAAAUUCCGAUACCUUUAUACAAAAGAGGAAAACAAUCAGCUGCAGUAUUAAAUUCCAAAGAAAACAUAGCUAAUAAGAAAAUCAAAGAUAUGGCUACUCCUAACAUACCAUGCAAAAGAAGUAAAAUAAAAGUACCAAGGAAGAUAGCAGAAAAAAGGGCAAGAGUAGCUUCAGAAGAGACAGAUUCAUCUGCUACAAAUGAUUGUGAUGAAUCUUUCAAAGAAAAUGAAUCUCAUGUUGACGUAAAACAGAAAAAUGUAAAGAGAGCUAAGAAAUUAAAAAUAAAUAAAACUUCAAGUGUUAAUGAGAUUCAACGUCCCAUUCGUGCUGUUCAGAAAAAGCAACGAAUAACCAAAAACGCCAGUGAAGAAUUGGAGGAAGAGGAGCAAUCCAAGCCGAAACAAUACUUCGGCUCGGAAAAUAAGCCCUACCGCAACCUCAAACAAGAGUCCAUUACUUGGCUUGUUUCUCUAACCAAGAGCGCUGGCGUCACGCUGAAACCCAACUUCCCUGCUAGAAAGCAAAACCCGAAGAUUAGCUACCUGUUUUUACCCAUAAUAUGUUAUAUACUCAAUGUAUCAUAA